AUGGUACACGUCGCUGUCGCAGGAGGAACUGGGCACGUGGGCCAAGCAAUUGUUCAAGGCCUCGUUGAUUCGCAAGAGCAUCAAGUUUAUGUCUUUACGCGAAAGCCAACAUCAGUAUUCGACCAUCUUCCGGCUGUAAACAUCAUCGUCAACUCUUACGAUGACCAAGAUGAAAUUCAAAGUAUCUUGAACAAACACAAAAUUGAAGUUGUCCUGUCAACAAUAUCACCAGCCAGCACCGCGGCCUUUGACGCCCAAGUAAGACUGAUCAGAGCAUGCGCCAACUCAGAGACAGUCAAGAGAUUCGCCCCAAGCGAAUAUCUAAUCGACUUGGAAAGAGAAGAAGAAUACCAACCCUUCAUGCCAAUGCUCUCUUUUCAGCGAAACAUUGUAAAAGAGCUGCGCAGCCACCCAAACCUCGAAUGGACGCUCUUCCACAAUGGCUACUUCAUGGACUACUUCGGCCAGCCCUGGGCUCCCACGACAAUGCCCUCCGAAGUACCCUUCGUCGACAUCGAAGCCUGCCAAGCAACCAUCCCUGGCAGCGGCGACGACCUCGCAGUCUGGACACACACAACCGACGUCGCCAAAUUCGUCAGCCGCGCAAUCUCCAUGAAGCCAGGCACUUGGAAAGAGCAUUCCUGGAUCAUCGGCGACAAAGCCUCUCUUCACGAAAUUUUACGAGCAGCAGAAAAAGCUCGAGGGACCAAGUUCCGCGUUGCGUACGAUUCGGUGGAGAAGCUAAAAGGCGGCGAGGUGACGCCGAUUCCUGGGAACAAGGCGCAUGCUGCACUGUAUAGCACGCCAGAAUUUGAUGCUUACCCGCUUGUGCUUGCUAUGUUUGCUGGGAUAGGGACGGCGAUUGUUUCUGGCCAUGUGGAUGUUCCUGAGAGUGAGUCUUUGAAUGCAGAGUUUCCUGAUAUUAAAACGACAAAGGUUGUGGAGUUUAUUGAGAAGUAUUGGACUGGUAGACAUCCGUGA